AGAUAAAUUAUUAAAUAAUGGGAUUUAAGGAAGCAUUCACAAGAUAAGGUGAUGGAGAGAAUCUACUCUUCGAUGAUGAUGCAUUCAUCUAUUUCGCCAUAUCUAUUCUUACUCUAGUUAUUCUUCCUUUAGUUUACUCUGUUAUCAAGCCUCUCUUCUCUACAUAUGUGUUGGGAGAAAAUAAAAGAAAAUUUGCACGUGUCCCUAAAAGCACUAAUGACUAACAGAAUCUAUUAAUGGCUAAAUAAGAAUUAAAACUUAAAUGGCUUACAACAGCUUAUGUGUUUAAAGUAAAAUAAUUAUUCAAUUUUUAGAUCAUAAUACUUGUGGCUCUAUUGUUAUUACUUAAUGCAUCUAUUUAAUCAUUACCGAACACUGAAAAAAUUAAGGGCUUUGAUCCUUAUGAGAUUUUAGAAAUUGAUCCUAGUGCAACAGAAUAAGAAAUUCGUAAAGCAUAUAGAAAGAUUUCAUUAAAAUUACAUCCAGAUAAAAAUCCUGAUGAUCCAUAAGCAAAUCAAAAAUUUAUACUACUUACAAAAGCUUAUGAAUGUUUAAUAGAUGAAGAUAAAAAAUCAUUAUGUAUGAAAUAUGGAAAUCCAGAUGGACAAUAAAGUUUAUCUGUUGGAAUUGCUAUGCCAUCAUUCCUAUUGAAAAAAGAAAAUAGAGCUGCUUUUUUAGCAGUCAUUUUUCUUUUACUUUUGGUUGUUGUACCUAUAAUUGUUUUGUAUGAAUUAAGAUCUAUUGGAAAAUAUGAUUAAAAUGGAAUUAUGCUUAGUAAUUAAGAAAAGUUUGAAAGAGGAUUAGAGGAAAACUUAUUAAUCAAAAAAGGAGUAGAAUUAUCUAGUUCAAGUGAUGAAUUAUGUAGAUUAAGAGUUAAAUCAGAAUAAUAAAAUAUUGCUUUAGAAAAACUUGUCAAUGAAUUAAAAGAAGAAGCUGAAUUAAGAAAAAUAUAAAAGUUUGAAAUUACAGAAGCACUUGAAUCAUCAAAAAAAUAAAAGAAGAAAAGAAGAGUUACGAUUUCUAUAGCAAUGAUACUUAUCUAUGCUCAUUUAUUUGGUAAACCAAUCCCUGAAAGUUUAUAAUCUAUGUAUAGAUCUACAAUUAAGAUAGUUCCAAAACUAGUUAAUUCAAUGGUAAGAUUAGCAUUUGAAUUCUCUAUGAAAUAUAAAGUUAUUUAAUGGAGACAAAGAGGAAGGUUUUAAACUAAAUUUAUGGGUGCUAGAUGCAUUAAUAACAUUUUAUAAUUUUCUUAAUGCAUUGUAUAAGGAAUAUAUGAAACAGAUAAUCCAAUUAAUUAAAUUCAAUUUUUUGCUACAAAAGCUAAGGAUUAUAUUAAAAAAGGAAAAAUGCCAGUCUUUUAAGAAUUAGUUUAAAAAUCAGUUGAUUAAAGAGUGGUAUAAUCAUAUUUAAUCCAAAUAGUUACCAAAUUGGGUACCUGAAGAAUUUAAGGAGGAAAUAAUGAAUGAAAUCAAUAUGUUUCCCUAAUUAGAAAUCAAACAUGAAGUAACUGUUGAUGAUGAAUCAAUUGUUGAAUAAUGUAAUGAAGAUAUAUUUAGUGUAUUAAUUAUUUAUUUCUUAGAUUAAAAUCACAUUAACUAGAUUAAAUACUCCAGAAGGAUAAGAUAUUCCCUUCGCUCAUUCAAAUAGAUUUACAUAUGUAAAAGAGGAGGGAUGGCAUAUUUUAAUAACAUUUUCAAAUGAAGUUUAUUAUUAUGCAUAAUUGAACGGAGCUUCUCGUGUACAAAGCACAGAAUUCAAAUUCUAACCAAAAAUGUAUUUUGGAGAUGUAGUUGAAUUUGAAUUUACUUUAUUUGUCAUUUCAGAUUGUUACAGAGGUUUGGAUGCUGAAAUACCUAUUAAAUUUAAAGCUAAGAAAGCUAAUUAAAUAAGCAGAGUAUAUUAAUAAUAUAGUUUAGGCAGUUGAAUAUCAUAAAGAAGAUUAAGAAUUAGAUAAAUCACUUCCAUUUAUUUAAUCAAUGCUAUUUCCAAUGCAAAAUAAAGUUGAAGAUAGUGAUUCAGAAGAUGAAGAUUAAUCAAAGAAGGAAGAUGAAUGAAUUGUUGAG